UUUGACAACUUCCGCUUUACGACUUUUCUUUUAGCGGAAACAGACUAUGCGCAUGCGUGUUGGCUUAUAGUUUUGCCAGUCGUUACCGCAAACAUUCUUCAUGAUAAAUACUGUUUGAAGUGUCAACGUUUAGUGUGGGUGAUUCUUCCGAAAGGGUCUUCACUUUGAACAGUCUGCAGUCAUGGUUUGCAUCCCCUGUAUUGUCAUUCCUGUUCUGUUGUGGGUCUACAAGAGGUUCCUGGAGCCCAUCCUUUAUCCUUUUAUUUCCCCAAUAAUCAACACAUUCUGGACCAAAAAAGCAGUGCAAGAAUCAGGGACCGGGGACUCAAAUGUUGGUGAAAAGUGUAAUGGGACUUCCAAAGUGCUUGAGCACAAUGGAGAGGCCACUGCCAAUGAAUCGACUGUACAGGAAGAUAAGAAGACGAACUGAUCAUUCUUCAAUUAUUUGCAUUCCAUCUAUAAAACUGUAAAUAUUCCCUGAUGUCUUUACAGAGUCGAAUUAGUAAAUAGUUUCAAAUGACAUUUAUUUUGAAUUAUUUUUCGUCAUAUUGUUACUUAUUUUAGUUGUGAACAAUUACUACCAUUCUGAAUGGAGAAAAUAAUUGUAGGUAAUUUAUAAGAAAAUCAAACAAUGUUUAACAAUGAAUUAAAUAAAUUAUGUAUUUAAACUUUA